AUGCCACGAAGCCUAUCUCCAGUUGGCGCUCUUCAAACCAAGAACGUUGAGAUCGCCGAAGAUCAUCCCUUCUACUUCAUUACCCCACCAGGCAACUCGUUCCGCAAGGAGUCAGCUCGCUAUCUCGGAAAAGAGCUCGACCAUACUACUUUCCUCGCCCGGGCGUCACAGGACGAUCCCUCAAACGAAGACGCGUUGACCAGGACAUACGACUGGGAGACAUCGGUACCGGAUACCGUUCAAAAAGGCUCAGGACUGCUUUAUGAAGACUCACACCAGAGUGGAAAGUGGGUGAGGCACGAGUACGCGAUUGAAGCAUCGAGUCGCCCCAAGGCUCGGCUCUCCGGGAAACUGUCUCGCCUACUCGAGGGAAAUGAUGGAAUGGCUGUGAUUACGCUGCCAAUCCAAGAGAGUCGGUUUUCCGCCCUCGAUGAAAGCCUCUGGGAUUCCGAGUCGGUAGACUUUCAUUUCCAGCAUGUUUCGUUGGAUGAGAAUCAGGUGCCUCUCGUCGGUACAGGCGGUAGCAGACCAUGGGAAUAUGAGGCCGCAUGGCCUUUGGAGAUCGAUGAUUCUUUCGAUACCUCUCUGGCUGGGCACACUACUGAUACAGGCUAUCCAGCCGUGGUCCAUCCCUGGCUCGUGUUGCGAGUGUUUUCACAUGAGAAAGGCCACCGCCCGACAAAGAUAUGA